AUGUCAUCAGUCCAUCACAAUAGUCCAAAAGAAGCCAUGGUUAAAAAUGACUUCAUAGCACAGUCAACCAUGGAGUAUAAAAAUGGCCCGCGGCCCAGGUUGGGCCCGGGUCUGAGCUUAUUUGAAGUGAAAGCAUUGGAAAAAAUAUUCGAGGUUGAUAACAAGGUUGAGCCAGAGCAAAAGGUGAAAAUCGCCCAAGAACUAGGACUUGAACCGCGACAAGUAGCAAUUUGGUUUCAAAAUCGACGUACCCGUUGGAAGACCAAGCAAUUGGAGAGAGAUUAUGGCCUGCUUAAAUCCAAUUAUGAAGCUCUCAAAGUUGACUAUCACAAACUUGAGAAAGAGAAAGAGGGUUUAAUUGCAGAGCUAAAAGGGUUAAGAGCAAAGCUUGGAGAGGAAAACACAGACAGCAAUCACUCUGUUAAAGAAGAUGCACUGUUUUUGGAGCCAGACAACAGUGUAUUAGAACAGAGCAAGGCCUCUCUCACUGCAAUCUGUGGACAACCAGAACUAACCAACCUUGGAAACAAUGGAAACUUAUUGGAGAUUAAAGGCUAUUUGGGUAUUAAACAUGGGUUAUCCGAUAACAAUCACAGUGGAGUCUUUAAUGAAGACAGUAACCUAAAUGCUCAGCUACUCUCUUCUAUGAAUUCAUCUUUGAUGAAUUGUUUUCAGUUCUUGGAUUCAAGAGCAGUUGCAGAAAAAGGGUAUUCACACCAGUUUGUGAAGAUGGAAGAACAGAGUCUGUUUGGAACAGAGGACUCUGUCAAUAUCUUCUCAGUUGAUCAAGCACCUACCCUGCAAUGGCACUUUUGAAGCCUAGGGCACAACUAUGUUGAUCCAUAACAUUAAAAAGAGAAAAUUGAUUAAGUUGUGAGGAAGUGAGAAAGUUACUAAUUUUGUCAAUUAAAUUUCUACACUUGUUAGCAAUUUAUAGAUAGAAAGUGAAAGAGAGGUUUCCACUAGGUCCAGAGUCUGUAGUACUGAGAAGUAGUGGUGUUUUUUUUUUU